GAUGGGGAGGAGGAGGGGGGAGGGGGCGGCCCUCCAGGGGCUCCCCAGGCAGGGAGGGGGCCUGAUCCACUUUCCACGGGAUUUCGCCUCCCUCUCUCGCAGGCUUUGCAAUGACCCCACCUUGAGGGCUGCUCCCCGUUCGAAAGUGCAUCGUGGCAACUGCUGCGAGAGGCCCAGAGGUGCCUGCGCUUACGCCUCCUCCUCUUCCGUCUCCGCCACAAUGACCUCAGAGGCACCGUCGGGGUCGUCUCUUUCUUGGGGCAGAGUGGAAACGGCUGUUGGGCAGUCACCGCAGGGUCUGGUGACCUUUGGGGACAUAGCUGCAUCGUUCAGUGAGGAGAAAUGGGCUCUGCUGGAGCCAGGCCAAGGAGCUCUGCACAGGGAAGUCAUGAAGGAGAACUAUGAAACUGUGGCCUCUGUUGAAUCUGACCUCAGUUCCUGCUGGGAAGAAGAGAAAUAUCCGUUUAACCAGGAUCUCAAAGAAGAGGAGGCAUCAGCAGAAAUAUCCAAACAGGGCUUCAUCUCUUCGCUAGAAGGACAAGCUCCCAUUGGAUGGGGUGUUGAUGAAGGGGAGAUAUCAGCAGCAGAUGAUGGGCAGAAGAAUGAGAAUGAUAGGGAACCAUUGAUGGUGUCAUUGGUAAAAGCGAAGUGUGAGUCACAAAAAGACACAUUUGGAAAUCACAGGGGCCCAAAAACAUAUGAAGGAAACCCUUCAAAGAAUGGGAGGCAGAAAUCCUCUGCUUCUCAGCGUUUGCAUCACAGAACGCACAGAAGGAAGAAGUCACUUAAAUGCACUGUGUGUGGAAAGAGCUUCAGCGUAAGGGGUAAACUUACUCAACAUCAAAGAAUGCACACAGGGGAGAAGCCAUUUCAGUGCAUGGAGUGUGGAAAGUGCUUCAGUUGGAGCAGUAGCUUUACUGUACAUCAAAGAACCCACACAGGGGAGAAACCAUUUCAGUGCAAGGAGUGUGGAAAGUGCUUUAGUCAGAAUGGUCGCCUCAUUUUACAUCAAAGAACCCACACAGGGGAGAAGCCAUUUAAGUGCAUAGAGUGUGGAAUAUGUUUCAGUCGGAAUGAUCACCUUACUGUACAUCAAAGAACCCACACAGGGGAGAAGCCAUUUCAGUGCAUGGAGUGUGGAAAGUGCUUUAGUCAAAAUGCUCGCCUCAUUUUACAUCAAAGAACCCACACAGGGGAGAAGCCAUUUAAGUGCAUAGAGUGUGGAAUAUGUUUCAGUCGGAAUGAUCACCUUACUGUACAUCAAAGAACCCACACAGGGGAGAAGCCAUUUCAGUGCAUGGAGUGUGGAAAGUGCUUUAGUCAGAAUGCUCGCCUCAUUUUACAUCAAAGAACCCACACAGGGGAGAAGCCAUUUCAGUGCAUGGAGUGUGGAAAGUGCUUUUCUCAGAAUGCUCACCUCAGUUUACAUCAAAGAACCCACACAGGGGAGAAACCAUUUGAAUGUAUGGAGUGUGGAAAGUGCUUCAGUGAGAGCAGUAGCUUUACUUUACAUCAAAGAACCCACACAGGGGAGAAACCAUUUAAAUGCAUGGAGUGUGGAAAGUGCUUCAGUGAGAGCAGUAGUUUUACUGUACAUCAAAGAACCCACACAGGGGAGAAACCAUUUAAAUGCAUGGAGUGUGGAAAGUGCUUCAGUGAGAGCAGUAGCCUUACUGUACAUCAAAGAACCCACACAGGGGAGAAACCAUUUAAAUGCAUGGCGUGUAAAAAAUGUUUCAGUCAGAAUGGUCACCUUACUUUACAUCAAAGAACCCACACAGGGGAGAAACCAUUUAAAUGCAUGGAGUGUGGAAAAUGUUUCAGUCAGAAUGGUCACCUUACUGUACAUCAAAGAACCCACACAGGGGAGAAGCCAUUUCAGUGCAUGGAGUGUGGAAAGUGCUUUAGUCAUAAUACUUGCCUCAUUUUACAUCAAAGAACCCACACAGGGGAGAAGCCAUCUAAAUGCAGGGAAUGUGGAAAGUGCUUCAGUGUCAAUGGUAGCCUCACUAAACACCAAAGAACCCACACGGGGGAGAAGCCAUUUAAAUGCUUGGAAUGUGGAAAGAGCUUCAGUCGGAAUAGUAACCUUACUGUACACCAAAGAAUCCAUACAGGGGAGAAGCCAUUUAAAUGCAUGGAAUGUGGAAAGCGCUUCAGUGAUAUUGGUAGCCGUACUUCACAUCAAAGAACUCACACGGGGGAGAAACCAUUUAAAUGCAUGGAAUGUGGAAAGAGCUUCUGUCAGAGCCAUCAACUUACUGCACAUCACAGAACCCACACAGGGGAGAAACCAUUUAAAUGCAGAGAGUGUGGAAAGUGCUUCAGUCAGAGCAGUGGCCUUACUUUACAUCACAGAACCCACACAGGAUUGAAACCAUUUAAAUGCAUGGAAUGUGGAAAGAGCUUCAUUGCCAGGAGUGACCUUGCACGUCAUCAAAGAACGCACACACAGGAGAAAUCAUUUAAGUGCACAGAAUGUGGAAAGAGCUUCCGCCAGAGUAGUCACCUUACUGUACACCGAAGAACACAUGCAGGGAAGAAACCAUUUUAAUGCAGGCAGUGUGGGAAGAGUUUCCGCGUAAGGACUAACCCUACAAACCUUUUAAGGGGAGAUCUUUAUCCCAGUCUGUAUCUGUAUUAGAUUGUAUCUCUCCCCUUCAAUAUUAGAUAGGUACCAUCUCUAUUAUCUUUUUGGUGCCUACUGAAGAUCUUCCUCUUUCAACUAGCCGUACUUAUCUCAGUCCGCGUCUCUGUUGGAAUUAGUUUUUAAGAUGUUUUUAAAGCUUUUCUUUUUUUAAAAGAUGUUUUGUAUUAAUAUAUUUUAAAGUAUGUUUUUAAAGAAGUUUUAGAGUGGUUUUUUUUUUUUUUUUGCCACCCUGGGCUCCUACUGGGAGGAAGGGCGGGAUAUAAAUUCAAUUAAUUAAUUAAUACUUUCAACUGUUGGUUCUAUUUAUUUCCCUUUUUUAAACCUUGUCAACCAGAGAAGCAGAGUCAGGACUCAGAGACUGGGUUUGGCAUUAAGUUUUAUUCCAGAACUCAGGACAGGAACACAGCAUCAAAACACAUGAGGCACCUGCCCUUUGGAAUUCCCUCCUAUUAUGUCUCAGACAAGUGUUCUUGUUUUCUUUUUGGUGCCUCUUGUAGACCUUCCUUUUCUAACACACCUACCUGAACUUACGAGAUCUGAACAGGGUGGUUCACGGCAGAUGGUACUGGAGGUCGUUGAUUCAUAGGGUCGUUGUAAGUCUAGUUGGCUUGGAGGCACAACACACACACAUGUAUCUGUAUAAGAUUUGAAAAUUAUUUUAAUUGUGUUUGUGUGAAAUGGUUUUUUAUUGGUGGUAUUCUGAUAUAUCGUAUGUGAGCCCAUUAAUAAAUGCAAAUAAAUAAAU